AUGGCGUUCAACGUGGUCGGUCUCGUGUUCGUCAUCAUAUUCUACGUGCUGAUACUCCUGGUCGGUCUGUGGGCAGCCAGAAAGACGAAAGACAGUGACGACAGCGAGGAGGUGAUGCUGGCGGGUCGUAGCAUCGGGGUGAUCGUCGGCGCCUUCACUAUGACAGCCACCUGGGUCGGGGGCGGCUACAUCAAUGGCACGGCAGAAUCGGUCUACAGCUCCGGCAUCAUCUGGUGUCAAGCCCCUUUUGGAUACGCGAUGAGUUUGAUACUCGGUGGAAUAUUCUUCGCCGAGAGAAUGCGCAACGAAGGUUACGUGACGAUGCUGGACCCGUUUCAGUGCAAAUUUGGCGAACGCAUGGUCGGCUUACUUUUCAUCCCCGCUCUCCUUGGAGAAGUGUUCUGGUCAGCGGCGAUUCUGUCCGCCCUUGGGGCGACUCUGACAGUCAUCCUAAACAUUCCAAACAACGUAUCCAUCAUCAUCUCCGCCUGCAUCGCCGUUUUCUAUACCUUCUUCGGUGGUCUCUACUCGGUGGCCUACACGGACGUUGUGCAGCUCAUCUGCAUCAUGAUUGGUCUGGUAAGGUCAAAGUCUCAUUCACUGAUACAUUCCGAAAACGGUCGUUCUCAGUCAUGCAUCGCUCAGUGCAGCGUUUGUAGAUUUUUCAUAAUGAACCAAUGGCCAGAAAUUAGAGUAACGCGAAACAUGUGUCAAAUUAGUUUUCGGCUUCCGCAGUGUGCUAGUUUUGGCCAAAACCUGCCUGCUGCCUUUCUUUCACAUUAA